AUCUUAUGUCUGUCAAUCUGACACUCAAACUAGCUAUCAUCGAGUACUACGAGUACACAGAACUUUCUGUACCGAAACCAAAGAGCUAAACUUCAAAUUGGUUUAUUUAGCAGAAAUAGAAUUUUUUUUGAAAUUCAUAAAUAAAGAUGUCUGUUUUGUGUCCUGAAAUUCCAGCGCCAGGCUUUUCAUUCGAGAAUUGUAAAAGAAAUGCAUUGCUGGAAGGCAAGGGAUUCGCUCUACCAAAAGCUACUAAGACUGGUACCACCAUCGUAGGAAUUACUUAUAAAGAUGGAGUCAUUCUUGGGGCCGAUACCAGAGCCACAGAAGAUACCACAGUUGCAGACAAGAACUCUGAGAAGAUUCACUAUCUUGCUCCAAAUAUGUAUUGUUGUGGUGCUGGUACAGCCGCGGACACAGAGAUGACCACUCAGAUGAUCUCGUCUCAAUUGGAACUCCACAAACUGCACACUAAUCGCAUCGCCAGAGUCUGCACAGCUAACCAGAUGCUGAAGCAGUAUCUGUUUCGUUACCAGGGCUACAUUGGUGCUGCUCUUAUCCUCGGAGGAGUUGAUGUCGAAGGUCCCCAUCUCUACAUGAUUUACCCCCACGGGUCUAGUGACAACCUCCCAUAUGGCACGAUGGGCUCGGGCUCCCUGGCCGCCAUAGCAGUAUUCGAGUCCCGCUGGAGACCCAACUUGGAGGAGGAGGAAGGUGUACAGCUUGUCAGAGACGCGAUUGCUGCUGGUAUCUUCAAUGAUUUGGGGUCUGGAUCGAAUAUUGAUGUCUGCAUCAUUCGGAAGGGGUCUGUCGACUAUAGGAGGACUUAUGACGAGGCCAACAAGAAGGGGCUCAAGCAAGCUUCUUACAGGUAUCCCAAGGGUACCACUCGUGUUCUUUCUUCUAAAGUUGUGGACGUAGAGGAAGUUUCGGUGCAGAGAAUUGAGCCCGAACAGAUGGAGAUUGUUUAGGGAACAGGGUGUUGGUUUUUUUGUAAGGUUAUAAGUAAAUGAGCUGAUGUUUUCUUCAAACUGAUCUUUAUUAUAAAAAUAUACAAAAUAAAUAGUAUAAAAUAUGA